AUGCAGAGCUUUAGCCAUAUAUCCAGAACUUUGAACGUCUAUCCCGUGCUUUCCCACACUGAGGAGGUAUCCUCAAUGUGCGUGCACGGAGAGGUAGAGAGCCUCCAGGACCUCUUCAGGAAGAAACCGGUGUCACCGUUUGUGUCGGACGAAUGUAGUUGGACUUUACUUCAUUUUGCCGCUUACGGCUUUCAGCCAGGCGUGUGCGCCUUGCUUCUCCAGCUCGGUGUCGAUCCAGAACGUGUAUCUUUUGGCGGACAAAAAGCCAUAAUAGGAAUGGGUGCAUGUGGUAAUUUCGUCCUUGCUGAUAGAGAACCGUCCCAAAUUUGCAAGGGGACUUUGAUAGAAACUUUCAGAACCCUCGCUCAGUCACAGGAUAGUCUCUCUGCUAGUGAUAUAUCUGAUAUUCUAUUACAUUAUGUAGGCCCACCUGAAUUAGCAGGAUUCACGUUAUCACGGGACUUUCUUCCGUUUGGGGUCUCGGAGCCUACCAACGACGUAAUCACCUAUCCUCCUUUAGCUAUGGCUUUGCGGCUUUAUGCUGUCGCAUACCUAGUAGAGUACAAAUAUGAAGUUCUGCACGACGCAGAAAAGGAGCAGUGGGAAUCUCUGAUCAUAAGACUCCUUCGCACUGGAGCAAAUCUUCACGCACCUGUGCCACAUUUCGUUGAAAUGCGUAAUGAAAGUGAUGUCUCAUACGAAGUCACGAAAUAUGGAACACCACUUGAUGAAAUGUUCACGUUCACCGACACGCCGGCUGAAGCGAGAGCUGUGGCGAACGGGUGGUUUCAAAUCCUUCGAAGCGAAAGCUACGAUGUUGUCGCAUACAUCGAAAAAGAAAGUGACCUGCAUUACACACAACCGCAGACGACCUUUCCCUUGCUUCAACGUCACGAAGAACAUGACAGUCCUCGUGAGUUGAUAUUCGAAUUGGAGCAGCAGAAGCAAAGCAUAUACUGGGAUUGGUGGACUAAUCCUUCAUCUUCCAUUUACCUCUUACACAGCACGUUGGAGCCAAUGCUCAUGCUCUCUCGCUCUUUCAUUACGUACCACAUGUCGUCGGAAGUAACAUGGCCUUUCCAUUACCCAAAGUGGUAUGGAUAUUGCCAUCCAACACGGGAAGACGAAGAGGCCGUGCAGCAGCAGCUUUAUGAUAUGGCUCAGCGACGAGCGAAGCGGCGGUUACAGAAGCGACAUGCCAAAGAGUCACGUUCUCGAGGUCUGAAGUAUCCAAGCAUGCCCGGUGCUUGGCAGAAUUGA